CCCACUUGAUCCAUUCUCCACUGUCGAUUCUCACCAGCACAAUGCUCGCCCCACUCCGCGCCGUAGCCUCUAAACCAUUCCGCAACGCUCGCGCGUACCAUGACCUGGCCCGUGUUACGCUGAUUGGGCGGCUCGGCGCCGACCCAAUUCUGCGCGAGACCUCGUCAGGCAAGCCCUACUACACGUACAGCGUUGCGACGACCGUGGGGCCGCGCACGACUGACGAGGCGGGUAACCGUGUCGAACCUCCGACCUCGUGGCACACUAUUUUCGCGUUCUCCGAGGCCAGCCACAAGCUCCUGCCCUUCGUCACCAAGGGGAGCACGGUGUAUGUCGAGGCCGAAUUGGAGAUGCGGUCCGGGGGUAACGCGAGCGACGGAACGCCGCUGCCUGACCGACCGCUGCUGCGUCACCAGAAGAUGAACGUCAUCAACCGCGUAAAGCCUGCAGACGAGGAGGGAGAGUUGGAGGAUCUGGAACAGUAG